UUCCAGCAGCGCCUGUCCUACACCACACUCAGUGAUCUGGCGCUGGCGCUUCUCGACGGCACUGUGUUCGAGAUCGUGCAGGGACUGCUGGAGAUCCAGCACCUCACGGAGAAGAGCCUGUACAACCAGCGCCUGCGGCUGCAGAACGAGCACCGAGUGCUCAGGCAGGCGCUGCGGCAGAAGCACCUGGAGGCCCAGCAGGCCUGCCGGCCCCACAACCUGCCCAUGCUCCAGGCCGCUCAGCAGCGUGAGCUGGAGGCAGUGGAGCAUCGGAUCCGGGAGGAACAGCAGGCGAUGGACCGGAAGAUUGUCCUGGAGUUGGACCGGAAGGUGGCUGACCAGCAGAGCACACUGGAGAAGGCAGGAGUAGCUGGCUUCUAUGUGACCACCAACCCACAGGAGCUGACACUACAGAUGAACCUGCUGGAACUCAUCCGGAAGCUGCAGCAGAGGGGCUGCCAGUCUGGGAAGGCAGCCCUGUGACCAGGUGGGGUCCCUGCUGGCCACCUCUGCCCAGUGUGGUCGGGAAUGCAGCCGUGUCCACUGUUACCGGAAAGCUGGACAUUUCCUGACAUUCGGUCACUGACUCAGCUGCCACCAGAGGCGCCUGGAGACUCUGACUCCGUCACCCACCUCUGGAUUUAGAUAGGGUCAUAAAAAGGAGAGAGCCCGGCCUGUGCACUGUCUGCCCGAGGGCCAGGUGGAAUAGGGCUACCGGUUCUAGCACCCUCCCACUAGGUGGGCACAUCCCGACCUCUGUGCAGGUCCCUGGCUUUGUGCUCACUUUUGUCUUGGCCCCUCCUUGGCAGCUCCAGCCCCCAAGUAGAAGGGGCUCUGAGGCCCAGGCCGUAUGUGACUCAAAAAUAAAAAGCCUACACGUGGCUUACAGGUCUGUGAUUCCCUUUCCCGGCAGUCUGUGACCCUGUUGCGGCCGGCAGAGAGCAGCACCAUGUGGCAGAGGCUCCCCGAAGGCUCCCUUCCUCCUGGGCUGCCCAAGCCCACCACCUCGUCCCUGCCGCGGGACUGCUCACUGCUGGCUCUCCCUGCCCCGGCCCCGGCCCCGCUCCCCAGGCACUACCACUGCUGUCUUCACCACGGACCAGACCCAGACGACUCCACGCGGGCCUGGAGAGCACGGGUGGAGAUGCGCAGGCACCGGGCUAGGGUGCGAAGGGAAGUUACCUGCCGCAGGCCCGGUCAGUGGCCUUUCAGGGAAGCAGGAACCUGGGGAGGGGAGUGGGCGGCAGAAGAAAGGAGCCCAGGCCUGCCUGCUGCUGUCUGCCCUGCUCAGAGAGCCCUUGGGCCCACUGGUUCCUGGGCUAUAGACGCAAGGGUGGCUGAGUCUGCAGUGCAGCUCGUCAGAGGUGCUGUCUGCCCGUCCCCGCCAGUCGGGACUCCUGGCUUGAAGGAGACCUCUCCGUCCUAGCUGUUCCCUCCACCGCACACAGCUGAUUUCACGUGACUCAUGCGGUAGAGUUGAGGGCGCUCGCCUUCAAAUGGUGAUUUAUUGACCAGGCAGCUGUCCAGCUGGACCACCACCCUGCAGGAGGCUUGGGUGUGUGUGUGAGUCCCUGGCAGGCGAUUCUUCAGGCCAACACCAGGGAUGGCCCC